UCCUUAUCCAUUAGCUGCAAUGAAACACUACAAUGAUGGGCUAAAAGAGGAAGAGCAAUACGAGGUUACUGGUACUCGUGGAAAAGUGUGCCGUUAUUUCAAAAAACUUGGGUAUAUACGGCUACUGCACUUUAUAGCUGAGCCUAAAUAUACUAAAAACAUGCCCAAUGCAUCAGAGGAUACUGCUAAGCACUUUUAUGCCAGGGUUCAUCAAAUGCCUAAUCGUGAAACUCAUGUGGAUUACUGUAAACUGCAAGAAGAACCCUCACCACGUGGUCCUUCUCUACAUGAAGUUGUUCCCUUGUGCUGUGAAACUUGUGGUCUUAAGGAUCUGAAAGCACUUGAGUCAAAAUCAUUGGAAUUGAGUGCUGAUGGUGAAGGAGGAAAGGAGGAGUAUUGGAACAGUGGUUAUCACACCUCCACUCCUCCAAAACUUAUUGUGGCAUGCAGAAACCCAGAGUUCAUAGCAGAACAAGCCGCCAGAAAAAAGAAAAAACGUUGA